UAUCCCAACAGAUCGGAUCUUAUUUUUUUCUAGUGUUUACAGUGUUUUCAUUUUUUUUUAGUGGCAUUGAAUUGUUCUUUAAAGUGACAAAAUGAAGGGAUCUGCGAGGAGCAGAAUCCUCUUGUGUUUGGCGAUUCUUUCUAUUACGGACAAUUGGCCUUGGGUCCACGGUUUUGUCAACUCGCCAAAAAUUAUAAGCAAAGAUGGCAAUUUGAUUUUUGAGUCUGGAGAAAAUCGCAAUAUAAGUUUUCGACUGCACGGAAAUUCGAGGCUUAUGAUCAACGAUGAGUACGAUCUGUUGGACGUUUUGAUGCCCUCCAAUAGUUCCAAGAAGCGAUUCGAUUUCACGGAUGAAUUCAGCACCGUGUGGGAUAACGUUCAUUUAAGAGAUUUGCAAAAUGAUCUGUUGCGUAUAAGAAGUGAAGCCUUUGGAGCAUCCGGCUUGUCUCAUGACCUACGAGUGAUUCAGAACAGUACUCGCGUAUUCAGGGGCCUGAUGCAGCGUUUCCGAACGCGACUCAGGGCGGUGGAGACCCGGGCGAAUCGGAUGAAGACGCAGUUGGAGGCGAACAACUGUGCAAGUGGACCCUGCGAGAACGGAGGCACCUGCUACAACACCUUCUACGGCUUUCGCUGUCAAUGCCGGCCGGCCUUUGAGGGCACCAAGUGCGAUGUGGACGUCAACGAGUGCGCCAUGUACGAGGGCACCGAUCUGGGCUGCCAGAAUGGAGGACAGUGCCAGAAUCAGUUUGGUUCCUAUAGCUGCCUGUGCCCGCAGGGUUGGCAUGGGAUGCACUGCACCCAGCGCAAGGCCGAUUGUUCGCAGUCGAGUGCCUGGGAAAUGUGUGGCCAUGGAUCCUGCGUUCCGAGCUCGGACGAUGCCAGCUAUCGGUGCCUCUGUGAACCGGGCUGGAAGACAAAUGGACUGACUCCCGUUUGUGCCGAGGACGUGGACGAGUGCAGUGAGACGGCGGCCCAUACGCCCUGCUCCACCAAAUGCAUCAAUCUGCCGGGCAGCUUCACCUGCGCCCCCUGUCCCGCCGGCUUGACCGGAAAUGGAGUGAGCUGCCGCGAUGUGGACGAAUGCCAGACGAAUAACGGCGGCUGCAGUCUCAGUCCCAAGGUGAAUUGCAUCAACUCCUACGGAUCGCAUCAGUGCGGCGAGUGUCCGGUGGGUUGGACGGGCGAUGGACGGCAGUGUGUGAGGGAUGCGCAGGAAUCCAAUAGUCAAACGGGCGGACUGUCACCCAGAAGUUGUCCGGCGUCCAACAAUCCCUGCUAUGCGGGAGCCAGCUGCUUCUUGAUUUCCGGCACCGCCUCCUGCAGAUGUCCGGUGGGCAUGGUUGGAUCGGGAUACGGUUCGAAUGGCUGCGUCAAUGGCACGACCACCAAUUGCAAUGGAAAUCCCUGCCUGAACGAUGGCGUUUGCUUGGACGCCGGACCCUCAAACUUCACCUGCCUGUGUCCCGCUGGCUUCCGACAGCCGAUCUGCCAGCCGUCGCCGAGUCCCUGCGACAUACAUCCCUGCAAGAACGGAGGACGCUGUCGUCGGACCGGUGACGAAAACGGAUUCGUAUGCCAGUGCUCGCCGGGCUACAGGGGUCGACGUUGCGAGACGCGAUUCAGCUCCUGCAACGGGAUGCUGAGUGCUCCCAGUGGCCGACUGAAAUAUCCGCCGGAGGGCACCGGCUACGAGCACAAUGCCCAGUGCGCCUGGGUGAUCCGAACCAACGAGUCGCUGGUGGUCAAUGUGACAUUCAAUAGCUUUGACUUGGAGGACGCCACCGAAUGCCGUUUCGACUGGCUGCAGAUUAACGAUGGCCGAUCGGCGGCGGCCCAGGUGAUUGGACGCUAUUGUGGUAGCCAUCUGCCACAUGGCGGCAAUAUCAUAUCCUCCGGUAAUAUGCUGUAUAUAUGGUUCCGAUCCGACAACUCGACGGCCAAGGAGGGAUUUGAUCUCAGUUGGAACUCGAUGGAGCCGCAGUGCGGCGGUCGGUUGGAUUUCGAGACCCAUGGCACACUUGCCUCGCCGGGAUCGCCAGGAAAUUAUCCAAAGAAUCGCGACUGCCAGUGGCAAGUGGUGGCGCCCACCAACAAGCGCAUCAAACUGACCUUCUUCAGUCUGCAGCUGGAACAGCAUGACAGUUGCAAUUUCGAUUAUGUGCGGAUUAAGGACACAAUUUCCGGGCGCGAGCUGGCCAAGUACUGCACCAGCGGAUCACCGUCUCCGCUGCUUUUGCCCACCCACCAGGCUGAGAUCCAGUUCCACUCGGAUGCGGAGGGCAGCGAUUCAGGUUUCCAGCUGCACUAUUCUGUGGAGGAGCGGGUGCCCGGCUGCGGUGGCGUUUAUACCGACAACGAGGGUACUAUUUCCGUAUCAACGACGGCCAAUUCGGAACCAGGAGGCAUUUCCUGCGAGUACGAAAUCCAUUUGGCCCUGGGCGAACUUAUAGCCAUUCAGUUUAUGCGUCUGGAGAUGGGGCCGUCGGACUGUCUGGAAUUGCUGGAUGUCACAAGGGAGGGCGAUAGCUUUCUGCAGGACAAGAUCUGCGGGUCAUAUGGGGCGGUCACCAACCCACCUGCCUUCACCUCGCAGUUUAAUCGGGUGAAGAUCAAGUUUUAUGCCGCUGCUGGUCAAUUCGAGCUGCACUACCGCAUGGCCUGUGAUUUCAAGCUGGACAGUGACCACGGCACGAUCACCUCACCCGGAUACCCCAAUCUGACCAGGAGCGAUCGCCUGUGCACCUAUACAAUUAUAACGGAUCCGAACACGGUGAUCAGCUUGAAGCGGAUCGAUUUUCAGCUGGGCAGCGACGAGAACGACGACGAUAAUAAGGACUGUCUGAGCACAAACUUGAGGAUCAAUGACGGAUUAAACCGCCAGGUCUUGGGACCCUACUGCGGCCAGAAGCAGCCGGAGGAGGACUUUGUCAGCACGACCAACCAUCUGCAGCUGCUCCUGACCACGGAUCCGGAUAGCACAGGGCGUGGCUUUAAGUUCGAGUACAGGGCGGUGGCCACUGCAAACGACAAGUGCGGCGGAGUGCACACCCGUUCCGGCGAUCACAUCCGGCUGCCGGUCAACUCGGAUGGCGAGUAUGCCGUAGAUGCCACCUGCUACUGGGUAAUAUUGGCGCCGGCCAACAAGGUCAUCCGGCUGCACUGGAUCAGCUUCAGUAUGGAGGACUGUAGGUAUGACUAUGUGGAGAUCUACGACAGCCUGGCUGCCCAGGAGGACGGUGCGAACAGCAAGCCCUUGGCCAAACUCUGCGAAAGGGGUUUGCCGGAGGAUCUGGUCAGCCACUCGCGCCAGCUGGUCAUCAAGUUCGUCUCGGAUAGCAGCGAUUCGGAGGGCGGCUUUGAGUUGAGCUACAGUUUCGAGGAACGUGGCCAAUGUGGCGGACGCAUUAUAUCCUCCAGCGGCGAACUUACUUCUCCGGAUUAUCCUGCCAACUAUUCGGCCGGCUUGGAUUGCGAUUGGCAUCUGAACGGGGCCAUUGGUCAACUGCUGGAGCUACAGCUGGAAAUCUUUGAUCUGGAAAUGUCGCCGAACUGCUCGUCAGAUUAUCUGGAAAUAAGGAAUGGCGGUAGUAUGAAUUCGCCGUUGAUUGGACACUUCUGCGGCCGGAACAUACCCACGCGGAUACCCACCUAUACUCACGAGGUGAGGCUUCUGUUCCACACGGAUUCGGCGAUCAGUGGUCACGGCUUUCGGCUGCGCUGGCGGGGGUUCGCCUUCGGAUGCGGUGGUCGCCUUCAGUCCAAUGCGGGGUCUUUCACCUCGCCCAGAUACCCGAAUCCCUACCCAAAUAGCGCGCACUGUGAAUGGCGGAUUAGGACGCAUCCGGGAUCGGCCAUUUCGCUGUAUAUCGAAGACUUUGAACUGGAGUCCCUGAACAAUUGCUUCUACGACAGCGUAAAGAUUUUCAUCGGAAGUAAGCUUCCCGACCAGAACGCGGACAUAACGAUUUGCAAUCAACUGAAUACUCAGGAUCCUCUGAUCGAGAUUGAAUCCAAUGAAGCCACUGUGGCCUUCGAUUCCGAUGACUCCUCAACAUUCCGAGGAUUCCGCAUCAGCUUUAAGGCAAAUUGCGUGAGGAACCUGACGGCCGUGUCCGGAACCAUAGAGAGUCUCAACUUUAUGGAACCCUAUUGGGAAACCACACCCAUAAAUUGCAGCUGGACAAUUCGUGCCCCCAAGGGCAAUCAUGUUCGCCUGGAAGUCUCACAUUUGGAGCAGCACGAGGAGCAUAUGCCAAGUGCCCGCACUCCCAGUGGAUUGUACAUCAUUGACGGCAGGAAUACCCAGAAGAUGGUCAGCCCGGGAUCGGUGAAUGCCAGCGGGGAAAUAGUGACCGUCGUCCACAAUGCCAGCAAUGUGAACUUCCAGCUCGACUACCGCAUCGACGGCUGCUCGAAGGAGCUGCGCGACGAAAGCGGAUCCUUCCGGUCGCCCAACAAUCCCAACAUGUACCCCAAUAACUUGGAGUGCUACUGGCUGAUAACCGUCCAGAAGGAUAGCAUCGUCCAGCUAACGAUCACCAACUUGGAUAUCGAGGAGAGCGUCAACUGCACUAAGGAUGCGCUGACGGUGUCCAACCAUCAAUACACAGCGACGAUUCACGAACGACAUUGUGGCUCCACGGAAAAGUUGGUUCUCACCAGUUCCGGACAUAGAAUGCACGUGCGCUUCUUCUCUGACGGAUCGCAUAAUGGACGAGGCUUCGUAGCCACCUAUCGAACUGUGAAAGCAUCUUGUGGUGGCAAAUUUUCGGCUCGUAGAGGAAUGAUCCAGUCGCCCAACUACCCUCAUGAGUAUCCGCUUAACACCCACUGCGAGUGGCAGGUGGAGGUGUCCCCGCAUCACAGGAUCGUUUUUGAGAUCGAGGACCUGGAGCUUGAGAUGGGCUUCCAAUGCGACUGGGACUAUCUGGAAGCCUUUGAUCUGGCCGAAGACGACACCGAGGGUCCGAGCCUGUUCAAGGUCUGCGGCGAUAGAAUACCUUCAAACAUGUUGAUGUCAACCACCAACUUGGCAGUGGUGCGAUUCAUCAGCGACUAUUCCCUCUCGAGCAAGGGCUUCCAACUUAACUUCCACGAGUCUUGUGGCCAAACGAUUACAAUCGACGAAACGGACUACGAUAACAUCGAGAUGACUAGACAGUCGCCGCGGAACGAAAGCUGUCUGUGGGUGCUCCAGGCCGAGGACCCCACCAAACGCAUCAUCUUCACGCCCACCCAUGUCAAGCUGCGCGAUGAUGCCGACAGCCAAUAUCCCACGGAGGGCGACUGCCUCCCGGUGGGCGUGAAGAUCUACGAGGGUACGGAGGCCACCGGAACACCCCGACUCCGAUACUGUCGCUCGCAUCCAGCGGCAUUGAUCUCCAAUGGCCAGUCGCUGGUCAUUAGUGUGCCCCUCCAGUUGGUGGAGGAGUUCGAGGGAAACUACAUGACCAUGGAUACGGCCUGUGGCAGCUUGUAUAACUCCUUGUCCGGCCGAUUUAGCUCGCCGUAUUACCCCGCCUCGUAUCCACCAAAUAUUGAGUGCGUCUGGAUUCUGGCAGCCACCCUGGGCAAUUCCCUUAGUCUGACCUUGGAGUCAAUGGACAUGGAGAAGUCGGAGAACUGCAAUCGGGAUUAUCUGGAGGUGCGCGAGGAUUCGGAGAGGGGUGAACUCAUUGGGGUGUAUUGCGGCAAUGAUGUGCCCGGAGCAAUUCACUCGCGAGGUUCCAUCUGGAUAAAGUUCAAGAGCGACGACGAUAAUGUGGGCGAGGGAUUCUUGGCCUCCUACAACUACGAGCACCACAACGAGCUGAAUGGCACUGACGGCAUCAUAGAGUCACCGCACUAUCCGAGCAAGUUCCAAGAUUCAAAUCCGUACAGCUGGCGUAUCACCGUGGACAAGGAGUACGUGGUGAUGAUAACAGUGGAGCACCUCAGGGAUCUGGAUCAGCCGCAUUUGCUGAUCUACGACGGCUAUUCGGACAUUGGAGCUCGCAUCGCGGUGACGGAUUCGAGCGAACCCAUCCGUUCCAGCACGAAUGUGGUCUACUUCACGGCCAGCCGAGGUCCCUUCAAGCUGAGCUGGGCCCGGCUGUCCAAGGAUGAGUUGCGCUCGAACCGCACUGCGGAUGAGCAGACGCGUCUGUGUGGCCAGCAGUUGGUCACCAUCGGUCGAUCGGCCAUCGCACUUCAUUCGCCGGGCUAUCCCAAUGGCUACGAAAAUGGUCUGAACUGUUCCUGGAAGUUAGUGCCCUCCAAUCCGGCCACUCAUGCGGUUUUAAAACUCAGCAAUAUAGAUCUAGAGGUGUUUGGCGGGGACAACGAAUGCUUGGCGGAUUAUGUGCAGAUCUCGACCAGUAGCGAUCUGCAGAACUGGUCGGAUGGAAGCAAGCUGUGCACCUUGCCGACGGAUCCGAAUGCGAGAAUCAUCCACGGAAAUCCCUAUCUUCGGGUGAAGUUCAUCACCGAUAACAGUUUGAAUAAGACGGGAUUCAUGGGCCUUGGGCAAACGAUGUGCGGUUCGGAGGUUGUUGCCUCCAAGGGUCAGGUCAACAUUACGGAGAUUAUGCUGGUCGGUGCCCUGCGAAGCCAGGAUUGUGUGUGGACUUUGAAGGUGCGGCAGGGGCGAAGGAUCAAGAUUGAUUUCCCCACAUUCCAGGUGGAUACAAGUGCGUCAGACGAAUCGAAGCCCUGUGCUAACUUCCUGAUCAUACGCAAUGGCAACGAUGAGGACUCACCCUUUCUGGGCAAAGGUAAAUACUGCAAGGGUGACACAAUCGAUGUCCUGGAAACCACCUCGAAUAGGGCCUAUGUAAAGUUCCACAUGGCGUUGCUACACCGUUUUCAGGUGACCUUCCGCUUUGAGGAAGUGAGUCACGCCUGCUCCGGCCGAAUUAAGCUCACCACCGACACGGAUCUUAAUCUCAUCAGCACACCCUUUUACCCCCAUCUCCCGCAUCCCCAUUCCGAGUGCGUGUGGAUUGUUCAGGCGCCGCCAGAACACCGAAUAAUGCUGCACUUCCAUGGUGAAUUCGAUCUGGUCGAAGCCACUGACCUGUCCGAGGGCACCAAGGAAUGCCAGCGGGAAUACGUACUGGUCAGCGAUGGCGCUACAGAAUUAAAACCGGAGAUCGGACGCUAUUGCGGCAGUCGCAAGCCGGACACGGUCUACUCCACUGGCAAUCAACUGAGGAUCCGCUACUACACGGAUGUCACCGAGCCGCACAAGGGCUUCAAUGCCAGUUUGCAGUUGGCCCGAUGCGGUGGCUCCUACUACAGUCCCACAGGCAUCAUAGCUUCGCCGCCGCCCAAUCUCCUCCAGAUCCACAACGAUGCCAACCAGCUGAAUGAGUGUGUGUACACCGUCGAACUGGAGAAGGGCAGCUCCAUUGAUUUGCAAAGCACGCAUCUAAAUAUAGCAAAGCUGGCGAACGGCAACUGCUCGGAGCGGUACCAUCUGCUCCUGGAGGAGAUAAAUGACGAAGAGAAAGUCGUGGACACACUAAUGGUUUGUGGUGAUGAUUCUAGACACCUGAUGAGCGAGACCAACAAGAUAGUGUUUCGAUAUCGUUUCCUGGACGGCAUCCCGGCGGAGAAUCAGGGCUUCAGUUUCAGCUAUAGCUCGGUGGGUUCCCGCUGUGGCGAGACCAUCCGCGCUUCAGUCGGAGUUCUCCAGACCCCCGACUAUCCGGUGGGAGUGACACGCGUCAUCCACUGCUCUUGGAAACUCGAAGUGCCCAAGGGGAAGAGGGUGCGCCUGGAGAUCCUCGACUUUGAUGUGGAGGGCGGGAGCCACCGCGCUUUUAUGUCGUUCUCCGGUCGACUUCUCGUGGCCAACGAUCACCAUAUGCAGUCCAUCUUGGGGCGCUACUCCAGCAAUCCGCCCGCGUCGGUGGUAUCCUCCGACAAUACGAUGGGCAUCGAUGUCUUACUCCUGCCCUUUAGACGGAGUCGUGGGGCCAAGCUGCGAUUCACUGCCUUCGGCUUCAGUGCGUGCCAGCAAUUUGCCUUCGAACAGGAUGUGAUAAGGGAAAUAGGAUUCCAGCGACUCAAUAUCAGCAGUCCCACUCACUGCAGCUACAAUUUGAAACCGGAGGAAAACAGCACCAUCCUGAUUCAGGUGAAACAGUUCAAUACCACCGUCAGGAUGAUGAAUAGUGUAACCUGCAGCACGUACUCGCCGCUCAAAUUCUUCCGCGUGGACGACGAGAAGGCUCUACUAGAGCGAUUUCUCUGCGACUACAACGCCCACAGUCCUGGCAAGAUGCCGCCAUCCAUUCGGGUGCCCUUCCCCAUCAAACUGACGGUCUCGGCCAACGGUCGCAAUUUGAUGACCAAUCUCGUGCUGGGCUACAGCAUGCAGCCCUGCGGCGGCGCCUUCAUCCUGGAACCGGGCGAUAAUAUGACAGUGCGACAGCCAUCGGGAAUGGAGGCGAUUAGGGAUGCCAUCGAUUGUGCCUGGGCCAUUGGACCCUAUACGGAUCCCAGCGGCGAGGACGAGGUGCCUCAGGACAUCCAGCUGGAGCUGUCGGUGCAGGUCAACCUGCCCACUCCGCCUGCGACUGUAGGAUACACGGCUUCCCCCUGUGAGGAUCACUACCUCAAGGUGUACAAUGGACCCGAUCAGAACUCACCGUUGCUGGGACUCUACUGCAACCAGUCAACCGAUUCGAACCUGGUGGUCGAGCGCGGUCUCUUCCUGGAAUACCACUCGAAUGCCUUCUCCCCGAAUGCCACCUUCAAUGUUUCUAUCAAGUACGGGUCGGGAUGUGGUGGCAAGCUGACCCAUCCGUAUCGGGCCAUCGACUUCAGUGAGCAGUACAAGAACAAUGUGGAGUGCAUCUGGGAGGUGGAGACAGCGACAGGCUACCACAUCGGUCUCACUUUCCAGGGUCGCUUCUACAUCGAGGACAGCCCCGGCUGCACCAAGGACUAUCUGCUCGUCCAGCAGCGCAAUGAAUCGGCUGGCAACUGGACCGAUCUCCAGAGGAUUUGCGGUCGUACUCCACCGGAGAUGAUCAACACGACAGCUCCGUAUUUGCGCCUGAUCUUCCGAUCCGAUGCCGAUGUGGUGGGCGAUGGCUUUUUGGCCAAGCUGGAGAGGAAUUGCGGUGGUCUGCUAUAUGCCGACGAAGAGGAUCAGCAGCUGUUCAGUCCGGGUUACCCGUUGAGCUAUGAGAAAUAUCUGGAAUGCAACUGGACUAUAGUGCCCAGGAAUCCCUCAAUGGGCGGUGUCCUGGCCACUUUUAUAGAUUUCGACCUUGAGAAGUCGCCCGUUCCCAGUUGCAGCUUCGACAAUGUGACUGUGACCACCAAGGAUAAGGGCGAAAAUGCCGAACAGGCCAUUCUCUGUGGCGUGAAGUAUAACCACAACUAUCGGGCCAAGGAAUCCAUAAAUAUCCUGUUCCAAACAGACGCCUCCCACAGCGGUCGGGGAUUCCAUUUGAAGUAUACCAGCCGCCUUUGUGGCGGUAUUAUCUCCCAAGCUUCAGAGAUCACAUCACCUAGACAGCAUGCGGAUAACACCCUGCCACCAAGUAGUGAUUGCUAUUGGAACCUGACCGCACCCGCGGGUCACAAGAUCACCAUUAAGUUCGAGCUCCUCGACUUCGAGAGGCACACCGAUUGCGCCUACGACGGCGUUGAGGUCUUCUCCGGAUCGAUUCCCGACGUACGGCAGAGGCGCGGACGAUUCUGCGGUCACAUCAACGAGGACCUACCGAUAAUCAGUAUUCCCCAGGAUCGGGGCAUCAUUCACAGCUACUCGGAUGACCGAGAUCCGUCGAGGGGAUUCAGCGCCGUGGUUCGAUUUAUGCCAAACUGCGACGAACAGAUCUCGCUGAACGGAUCCUCGCGAUAUGUGUACCGCAAGUUCAACAACGCCGACGGCUAUGAACACAAUCUCGACUGCCAUAUCGUUUUCCGGGUGAACUCGGAUCAGCAGAUCAGUGUACAGUUCCAGAACUUCCAUGUGGAACUGUCGAAUGGGUGCAUCAAGGAUUAUGUGGAAUUGCGGGAUGGCGCGGGACCCUUUGCCGAUAGCAUCGGUCGUUUCUGCGGCCAGGAUCAGCCACCCACCUUGAUCACAACCAGGCACACGCUAUUCCUGCGCUUCUUCACCGAUGACCAGGUGAAUGACUCAGGUUUCGAGGUGAUCAUCAAUGCCGUUCCCCGUAUCUGCGGCAGCUCGAGCAUCAAGUUGAGCGGGGAUGGACUCAAGCAGGUCACCAUCAACACUCCUGCGAGAACGCCGGGCGGAAACUACGGCAAUGGAGUGUCCUGCUUCUGGCAAAUCGAGGGCGAUGUGCCCUUGAGUGUGCGCUUCGUAAACUUCGAUCUCCAUGAACCCGAUGCCAACGAACGCUGUGUGGAAGACUACCUCAAGAUUUACAAUGGCGAGGACGCCCAGCUGGUGGAAGAGGGCAACGACCUAAUCAUCAAUGGCCAGGUGCACGGUAACGACUUCAUCAAGCAGAUCCCGGAGCACGUGUACUGCGGCAAACUGAAGCCGGACACCUAUUACGCGAAUGCGAACAAGGUGUUCCUGAAGUUCCAGUCGAAGGCCUUGGAGCAGCGAGCGGGAUUCGAGCUGCAGGUCUCGCUGACCUCCAACGCCGAGCGCCACUACGGGGGGCUGCAGGGUAGAGUGCGUCUAAUGCAGACCACCGAUUGCGACAUCAUGAUCCGGGCACCGCCCAAUCACACCUUGAGUCUGUACUACAACGAAGUGGUUUUCGCCACCUACGACUGCGAGGUGGAGAGCAUGGAGGUCUUCGACAGGACCAAUCGAUCCCUGCAGCACGUCUGCUCCUUUGUGGAUGCGGGCAAGAGUCUGUUCAGCGAUGUGGAUGAGCUGCGGCUGCACAUGAGGACGGGCUCGUAUCUGACCACGCUGGAUCUCACCUAUCUGGCCAGUCCCGUGGGGAAGGGACCCGGAUGCGGCGGACAUUUCUACAACACUAAUGGCAUCUUCUCCAAUCCCUUCUAUCCGGCCAAUGUGCGCAAUAACUCCGAGUGCCAGUGGACCAUCCAAGUGCCCAGCAACAAUAAAGUACUGCUCAGCUUUGAGGUUUUCAAUCUGGGUUCGAGGAGCACCUGUCACACGGACUAUCUGACUAUCGUGGAACCGAAUGACGGUGAACCUGACGUGGAGGUGCGCCGCUUCUGUGGUGAGGACAACCCCAAGUUCUAUAAGAGCCUACGCAGUCGAGUUGAGGUCCGCUUCCACAAAACGGUCAACUACGAUGGCGUCGGCUGGGUGAUUCGUUUCUCCGGGGUCUACGCCGACUACAAAGUACCCGCGUACUUGAUUUUUUAAAUGAAACUCUACUUUGUAUGGCAAUGAACGUAUCUAAAUCAAAUUAAUGUUUUUCAGGCCUCAAAAGCUUUUAAGGUGUAGAUUUAAUUAAGCAUUUGGUUAUUGAAGAAAAUAAAUAAAAAUUCCUUUAACGCCUUAA